UAAAACCGCCAUUAACAUUAUUUUUAUAUCCAGAGAGACACUUCAUCAUCGGAGGAAUCAUUAAGAUAAUUCACCGUAAAUCUUUAUCGGUAUAUCAUGCAGUGUAUGUUUAGGUUUAUUUGAGGAUUUUAUUGUCGUUCUUAUGUUGGUCGGCGGGGUCUUUGUGGGCGCGGCUGCCGCAGAUGUUAUUGACAAAAAAAUCAAAGAUCAUACAAUGAAAUACUUAAAUAUCAUUACUGAUCGUCUUUAUUAACUAAACAACACCUACGUCAGCAUGAAAAAGACCACUUUACUCGUCUGCAUUUCUUUAUUUAUCAACGGUGUUGCGGCAGAACAAAUGGAGUCAGUAUCAGUGAUGGGGGGAGAUACUGUCACACUACACACUGAUCUUACUGAACUACAGAGACAAGAUGUGAUUGAGUGGAGGACCGGAGUAAAACAAGAACUUGUAGCUAAAAUUAACAGAGAAGCCAACACAAGCCAAAUAUUUAAUGACAUUGAUGGGAGAUUCAGAGACAGAUUGAGGCUGAAUAAUCAGAAUGGAGAUCUUACCAUCACAAACAUCACAACUCAACUAAUUGGACUUUAUUUUCUAGAGAUCACUAGACAAAAGUCUAUAACAAAAACAUUCAAUGUUAGUGGUGUGUUUGGUGUUACAGAUGAAAUGAAGUCGGUGUCGGUAAAGGAGGGAGAUUCUCUCACACUACACAUUGAUCUUAGUGACAGACAGAAAUAUGAUGUGAUAGUGUGGCAGUUUCAACAUGGAAACUCCCCUUUAGCUGAACUCAACAGAAAGGUUCCUAUCUUCCAAACAUAUGAUGAUGUUCAUGAUGGGAUAUUCAGAGACAAACUAAAGCUGGAUUUUCAGACUGGAUCUCUUACCAUCACAAACAUCAGAACUAAUCAUGCUGGACUUUAUGAAGUAGAUUUCAGCAGCGGUACACACACCAUACAUCAGUCAUUCACAGUUACUGUCAAUGAUGAAGUGAAGUCGAAGUCAGUGAUAGAGGGAAGUGCUGUCACUCUUCACACAGAUCUUACCAAAAUACAGAAAGGUGAUAACAUAGAUUGGAGAUUUGGACCUCAAGAGACUCUCAUUGCUAAAAUCAAUAAAGACACAAAUGAGACAUCAACACAUGAUGAUGUUCUUGAUGGGAGAUUCAGAGACAGACUGCAGGUAAAUGAUCAGACUGGAGAUCUCACCAUCACAAACAUCAGAACUGAUAAUUUUGGACUUUAUGAACUGAAGAUGAGCAGUAGAAGACGAUCCAUUCAGAGGAAAUAUAAUGUUAAUGUCAGUGCACAUGGUCUUCCUCCUGGUGCUGUAGCAGGAAUAUUAUGUGUUCUCAUCUUCCUCCUGCUCGUUGCCGUUGCUGGAGUGUUUUACUAUCGCUAUAGGAUCACCAAAGCAAAUAAAUUAGUGGUGAAGGAGGGAGAUUCUGUCAUACUACACACUGAUCUUACUCCCCUAGAGGAAAAUCACGUGAUACAAUGGACGUUUGGACCUCAAAAUACACUAAUAGCUCAAAUCACGAGUUCUAGCAGGAGAAUAUCUGAUGAUGAGAGAUUCAGAGGCAGACUGGCACUGAGAGAUCAGUCUGGAUCACUCAUCAUCAAUGACGCCAGAACUACAGACACUGGACUUUAUAAACUUAAAAUCACAAGGGGCAGAAUACCGUCAUACAAGAGAUUCAAGCUGACUGUCACAGAGUCAGGGAUAGACCAGCCUUUGUUGAAUGAAGAUGGUGUUUCUGGGACCAGAGAGGCUUCUGUGUGUACACAAACACGCCUGUAAAUGUUCUGGGAUCGCUCCUGUAAAGAGGACCUACUGUAGGAACAUUGCCGUAACAUUCACGGAAAACAUUCUGUGUGAACAAGACGCAGAUACAAUGCUGUUAGGGGCAUGCCAUAGUGAGGAAACAUGUGUCAUCCCAACCAGAAGUUAAGCUUUUUGACUGGGGAUUUAAACGCAGAUCAACAUUCAUGACGAGAAGCGUCUGCAAACUGGACUGAAGCAGAGAUCAGGGAGCCCAUCACUAUCAGACGAGAUCAUUUACCAGUAUGACAGAAAAGCGCAUUACCUAUGAUCUUAUAAUAAACUAAUAUGCACGCGCGUGGUAUAUCAACAGAGAAAUCACGGAAAAACUUCAGACACUGUGGAAUAAAUUACCAAGUGCAGAACUUUAAACACGUAACGUAUCUUUACGGGAUCUUUACGGUAUGUGUCUGAAUGCACGGACAGAUCCUGGAAAAUCAUUGUCACUGUGAAUGAACCAAAAAUCUAACUUUCUCAGAGAAAUCCCGGAUGCAUUUUCCAUGUUUUUUUUGUAAACUCUUGAAGAUAUUAGAUUCUUGAAGAUAUGUUGCUCCAAAAAAGUGAUUGUGACAAUUAUGUUUGUGGUGCACAUUUUCAACACUGCCAGUAUAAAACACAAUGUGUAAAAGCAAGUAUGCAUUCCUUUUAAGUACUACAGCAUUUAUAGUAUGCAAAAGAGGAUAAAAUGGUCAGCAUUAUUAGUGAUAAAACGGUGUGUGAUUUAUGUGCAGUAAGAAUGAACCUUCAGGUUGCAAGGCAAAACUUAGCAAUGACUGCCCCAAAUUGUGUAGUACUGUUAUAUACAGGCUCUAUAUUUUAUUACACAAUACGCUAGAAGUCAUCUGUACUGUCCCGCACCUAGAUCAAGUUUAAUGUGAAGGGAUUUUACUGAUGAAAUACUUUUUCCCUUUUGGCAAGUUCAUAAUGGGUUUAGUGUGAAUUUUAGUUGUAAAUAUUAGAAUAACAAUGUUUUAGAUAAGAAGAAAGAUUUUUAAAGUCUUGAGUUGUUUACUAUGCUUUUUAUUUUUUGUACUUUUAUAUUGUUGUUGUUUUUGGUCGCAUCAUUUUGUUUACAACAGAUAUAUGACCCUACUUGUGAAAACCCAGCUAAAGUCAUGUUUUGUGAUUUCUACAAAAAAACAACCUGCAUAAUGUAUAAAGAACAUUGUGAAAUAUAACUUUGAUAUCUUUAAAGGAAUAUUCCACUUAAAAAUUGAUAAUUUACUAACCCCCAUGUCAUCCAAGAUGUUUAUGUCUUACUUUGUUCAGUCGAGAAGAAAUUACGGAUUUUUUUCUCAAUUUAAUAGACUUUAUUGGAUUUCAGCAGUUUACAGUUUCAAUUCAGCUUCAAAGGGCUCUAAACGAUCCCAACAGAGACAUAAGGGUCUUAUCUAGCGAAACAAUCAUAAUUGAAACAAGAAAAAAAAUGCACUUUUAAACCCCAACUUCUUGUUUUGCACUAGCCGUCUGACAUGCUAGCACAACCUUGCAUAUUACGUAAUCACGUGGAAAGGUCACACAUGAAGUAUGCAAAACUACCACUCCGGUGUUUACAAGUGUGGAGAAAGAGGAGCAUUCAGACAUUGUUGUAUGUGUAAUGAUACUAAUUAACGUCGUUGUGUCAGUUUAUUAUUUGCAAUGGUCCCAAGUGUGCGUUUCACAUAUGUAACGCAUGAUCUGUCCACGUGAUUACGUAAUAAGUAAGGUUGCGGUGGCGCAUCACAUGGCUAGUGCAAGACAAAAAGUUUUGGUCUAAAGCAACUUUUAUAAAAAAACUUUCGAUGGUUUUGCUAGAUAAGAUCGUUAUGCCUUGGUUGGGAUCGUUUAGAUCUAGUGCAAGACGAGAAGUUGUGGUGUAAAAGUGCAUAUUUUUUAUUUUUCUUGGUGAAAAUGAUGAUCGUUUUGGUUGAUAAGACCCUUAUGUUUCGGUUGGGAUCAUUUAGAGACCUUUGAAGCUGCAUUUAAACUGUAAAUUGUUGAGGUCCACGAUGUGGAGAAAAAUCCUGGAAUGUUUUCCUCAAAAAAACUUAAUUUCUUCUGGACUGAACAAAGAAAGACAAAUAUCUUGGAUGACAUGAAGGUGAGUAAAUUAUCAAGAUUUUUUUUAUGAAAGUGAAAACUUGCUUUAAAGCAACACUAAAGAGUUUUUGCUCUUUGCUCCCCCUACAGGUUAGACGCGUAAUUGUUCAUUACCACUGUCGUAAAUACUGCAGCAUAGCUGGCUCUGAUUGGACUGUAGGUCUGCCGUAAAGCAAGUUUUUGUAGUUUUCACUUGAACUACAGGACCGCAACCCGCCGGUUGGAAACUUUAGUGCGGGUUUGGCCGAUAGAGGGCUGCAAAGCGAAUGUGAAGUGGAUGAACGACUGAAACUUUUUUGGAAACUUUAUUUUAAGGUAAAAAAAACUCUUUGGUGUUGCUUUAAUAUAUUGACUAAGAUCAUGUAAAAAUUGAAAUUAAUGUGAAAUCGGACUUUGAUGCUCCUCAUCAUUCGAUUACAAGACUAACCUGGAUUUCACGGACAGGCUCAUAUACUCAGUUUUGAAUGCAUUACCUCCUGAUUUCAAAUCCCUGGCAAGCAAUCAGUGUGAAUGGCUGUUCUGUAUGUACAUGAAAGAUUCUGAAUUCACCAUUACCAGCCAGGUAGAUCAGGUCAAGACUCACAUUUUCCAGCAGUGUAUCCGUUACGUUUUGUAAACUGUCUAUACUGUAUAAUCACGAUUAGUCUUAGUCUAUGCAAUAUAAUGAAUAGUUGUGUUCUUGCAACGUUAGUAAUAUUGUAUUUAAAAAUGCUUAAAUACACUAGUAUAUGAAUUCUCAUUAAUGAUCAGCUAUCCUUUUAAUGAAGAUCAAAAGGUUUGUUGCACAGACAUUUCAAUUUGGUGCUGCUUUUAUAUUUUUCUUUUAUAUUCGUGUAUUUAAACGUUUUGACAAGGAAAUAAUGGAUAAUUCAAGGAUUUUUUUAAACACUUUUACUUAUUGUAUUAGAAGCUGAAGUGAUGUCAGUCGUCUUUGUGAAACUUUACACAUUUAGUAUUAUUAGUCUUCCCAUUUAGCAUUGAUGAGUAUUCUUCCCCAUAAUAAAGAAAAGAAGCAUUUUUACUAUUCAGGAAUUUUUUGAGUGCUUUAAUUUAUAUCCAAAAUGCGCUGUUAAGUUUCAUGAACUUCUCUUUUGGCAUUGAAGGGUAGAAUUCACUUUACUAACUUUAAUGUCUCUAACUCUUAUUUUAUUAUUUUAUUGUAUUGAUAAUUUACAUUAAUGUAUUAGCAAUGGUUAUGAUAAUCAUAUUAUGUAUAUAGUCAUUAACUGACAUGUGAAGAGUUAACGCUCAGACUUUAGGAUACACAUAUGCUUAUGUGAUGUACUGAUCUCACUAAAAUCCUAUACUGUUAUGAAUUGCAUCAAACUAAUUUUGUCAUAGUUACGUGGUGUAUGAUGUCCUACGUUCUUAUAAAACCAUGUGACC